CCUUAUGCGCCUGCGCAGUACCGGCGUGUCGUCCAUUUCUCUAGCAACCGGGAAGGACGUUGGUGUGGAGGACAAGAACUAGCAUGGCGCCCAGUGCUUUGGCGAAACCUCAGAUGCGGGGCCUUCUGGCCAAACGCCUGCGCUUUCAUAUUGUUGGAGCCUUUGCCGUGUCCUUGAGCGUUGCAGCUCUGUAUAAGUUUGCAGUGGCGGAACCAAGAAAGAAGGCAUACGCAGAUUUCUACAGAAAUUAUGAUUCCAUGAAAGAUUUUGAGGAGAUGAAGAAAGCUGGUAUCUUCCAGAGUGCAAAGUGAUUUGGGAUGUAAAGAAUUUCUUUGGAUUGAAUUCUGUAGAAGUUUGGCACUGACCUGUGUUCCUGAACUAUGAAACAUGAACUAUACGGGCUAAGGAAUAGUUUCUCUUGAUAAAUAAAUAAAUACUUACUGGACAGUAA